CCUGAGGGUGUACGUCGGCCGAGGGGGAGGCUCUUCACUCCUUCGGCCUCUUGGCGGGAAUUGGUUGGCUCGCUCUCCCCCCAUGGGGAGCGGAGGUUUUGAGAUCCCACCAUUGAGACGGGCCAGCGCGUCUGCCCGCAGCCGGCUUCCUCCCCCCGGGCCCGCUUCCGGCCCCCGAGCCUCUAGCGAGAUGUUGCUGCUGGUGCUGCUGCUCCCCGCGUGCUGGGCCGUGGAGGUCCGGCGGCCUCGGGGCGUCUCCCUCACCAACCAUCACUUCUACGAUGAGUCCAAGCCUUUCACUUGCCUGGACGGCUCGAUCACCAUCCCUUUUGAUCAGGUCAACGAUGACUACUGUGACUGCAAGGACGGCUCGGAUGAGCCGGGCACGGCUGCCUGUCCUAACGGCAGCUUCCACUGCACCAACACUGGCUACAAGCCCCUGUACAUCUCCUCCAGAUGGGUCAACGAUGGAGUUUGUGACUGCUGUGACGGGACGGACGAGUACAAUAGUGGGAUCGUCUGUGAGAACACCUGCAGGGAGAAGGGCCGCAAGGAGAGAGAGACGCUGCAGCAGAUGGCAGAGGUCACCCGCGAGGGCUUCCGCCUGAAGAAGAUCCUCAUCGAGGACUGGAAGAAGGCCCGGGAAGAGAAGCAGCAAAAGCUCACUGAGCUGCAGACCGGAAAGAAGUCCCUGGAGGACCAGGUGGAGAUGCUGCGGACGGUGAAGGAGGAGGCUGAGAAGCCAGAGAAGGAGGCCAAAGACCAGCACCAGAAGCUGUGGGAAGAGCAGCAGGCCGCCUCCAAGGCCCAGCGGGAGCAGGAGCUGGCGGCCAGUGCCUUCCAGGAGCUGGACGACAACAUGGACGGGGUGGUCUCGGUGGCCGAGCUGCAGACCCACCCAGAGCUGGACACAGAUGGGGACGGGGUGCUAUCCGAAGGGGAAGCCCAGGUACCCCCCUGCCCCCUGGCCUGGGACUCCUGGAGGGGAUGGCCUCACGCACCCAAGAACCAGGCCUGGAGGGGGCAUCUGGGGCCUGGGGAGGCCAGUACCACCCCGGCCAGCCCCAGGGCCUCUCUGCCUCCUCACCGGGUGCUGCUUACUUGUGCCACCCUCAUGGCUGCCCAGGAGGCCCGCAACAAGUUUGAGGAGGCCGAGCGGUCCUUGAGGGACAUGGAGGAGGCCAUCAGGAACCUGGAGCAGGAGAUUUCCUUUGACUUCGGCCCCAGCGGGGAGUUUGCCUACCUGUACAAGCAGUGCUACGAACUCACCACCAAUGAGUAUGUCUACCGACUCUGUCUCUUCAAGCAUGUCUCACAGCAACUCAAGCUCGGCGGCGGCUCUCUCACUCAACCUCGGCACCUCACUCUCCGCAGCACCUGGGGCUCGUGGGCUGGCUCCGAACACGACAGGUUCAGCUCCAUGAAGUACGAACAGGGCACUGGCUGCUGGCAGGGCCCCAACUGCUCCACCACUCCCACCAUGAUGCCAAAAGUGAACGAGGUAUCGUGUGUCUGGAUGCAGGACGCUGUGUGCACGCCUGUGUUCACGGGCGGCACGGACCACUGA